AUGGGGACAGAAAAAAGGUGCAGUAAGUCAACGGUAAAACAAGUGGAACAGACAGAAAGCUGCUGCAGCAACGUCCCACCGCUCUGCAUCACCAAAAAGAAGCAGCGCCACGAUCCCAGACCAAAGACACAUUCCACCAUUCAUCUAGAAGGAGGAGGAGGAGGAGAAAGAGAAGAAGAAGAAGCUCCAUCGAUCUGCUCUCUGUCAUCUCCUCCCUGUCGAUGUGAAACCUCUGGACCUGCAGCAGAGACACCAUGAGGGACUAGGACCAGGUGAGGACCAGAGCGCCCGGCCUUCAGCUUUCCUCCGUCACCGCUUUGUCUCCACCGCCUCGCGGCCUCCGGUCCCAGCAGCACCAUGGAGGAGAACCAGCAGCCAAUCAGCACGCAGCACAAAGGGGAGGCCGUGACAUCACAGCCGGCAGAGCGACAAGCCCCGCCCCCAACGACGGACGUGGAUCACCUGACAGUGAUCAGCGACAACACAGAGAACAGUAACGGCGUCGGCCCCGUGGCGGCGGCCUCCUCUCCCACCGUCUCCUCCGUGACGCCCAAGCUUCACGCUAAGCCCGGCGGUCACGCCAACGGGCGACCCGGCCCGGCCAGCCGCUCCGGCUCGUUGGCGCCGGGCUCCCCGCGGCCCUCGCUCACCCGCCGGCCCAGCGCCAUGCCGGAGGCGCCGGUGGACGGGUCCAAGCCGCGGGACUAUCUGAUCCUCGCCAUCCUGUCCUGCUUCUGCCCGCUGUGGCCCAUCAACAUCGUGGCCCUCACCUUCUCCGUGAUGUCCAGAAACAGCCUGCAGCAGGGCAACGUGGACGGCGCUCGCCGUUUGGGCCGCAACGCCAUGAUUCUGUCCGUGGUGGCCAUCUUGGGAGGGCUGGUCAUCAUCAUCGCGGGCAUCGCCCUCAACUGGGGACUGAUUUUGAAAUCCUGAUUGAAGAUGGCGACACCAACCUUCCAACUGACACGACCCCCCUGAAGCGCCUGCGCCGGAUGAAAAGAAAAAAAAUCCUCCCGUUCUUUGCUGUUGUUUCUUGCUGCACGACGAGCACGGCCUGCCUGCCGCUCGACCUCCGACCCCACGCCUGCGACUAGGAUACAUCACGCCAUGCUCACUUCCCUCUGCGCCAGCAGCUUAUCUCCUGCUUACCUUCUUCUGACCGCUGGGGGACCGGCUGGAAGCCUCCGUGGAAACAGGAUUAUUUUGUCUCUGGGCGAAAGGUCCUCCGAUGGUGAAAACCAGGUGUUUCCGCAGUUUGAUGCCAAAUGAUGAGAAUGUAGAGCUGAACUACGGGUGGGAGACAAACUGUAAAAUGUUCAUCAUCCAGAUGGUGCUGCUGAUGUUGAUCUCCAGAUGCUUCUGCUUUUGCUGCUUAUCGUCCCAGAUGUUCUCAUGUAAAAGUGUUUGUCCUGUUGGUCCAUGACACAUUUUUAGAUUUUGAAUCUGAAGAAUCUGAUGAAUCUUAUUUUCUAGUACAUAACAUAUUUAUUCUCAUAAACCACCAGCUAGCAUCAUUUAAAUCAAAUCUCCACCUCAAAGGACGAGCCGUUGUUCAUCUAAUCGAUCACAUGCUACGUCAUGUUUUACACUUAUAAACUAAAAUGAACUGUAUCACUGUGAACUAACAGGACCUCAAACAACACAUCAGUACUUAUAUUUCAACUGUUUUUAGUACAUUUAGUACUGUACUUCAGAGGAGAUACCACGUUUUAGGAAAAGUUACUUUUGAAUAAACAAAUGAGGAAAAAUCACAAACGCAAAUAGAAACAAUAAAUAUUUAAUUUUCACAAGUCUGACUAAAAUCCCAUAAUUGACUUGUGUUUCAACUUAAGUACCAUUUAAAAGUACUGGUACUUUGCUGGAAUAUUUCAACGUUCUGCUACUUCACAACAUCAGAUUAUUAAAACUAAAUAUAGUCUACUAAUAAAUGAUUAUGGUUUCUUACUGAUUCAUGAAAUCAUCAAAAUGAGCUUCACCCUCAAAGUGAUGAAUAUCAAGAAUUAUAAUACUAUAAAAUAUAUUAUUCUGCAUCAUUGCUGUUUUAAAGUAGUUUUUAUGCUGAUACUCCUGUAGUUUUAUUUUUUAUGAAUGCAGGACUUUCAACAGAGUAUUUCUACACUGAAGUACCACUACCUUUACUAAAGUACGAGUUCUGAAUACUUCUUACACCUCUGGCUGGGAGAAACUUCUUGGUGCAAUGCAUUGUGGGACAUCAGCAUGCUCAAAGCUUGUAUUUCAGUAUUUGAUUUUCAUUGAGCAGUUUGGCAUGUGACAGUGUGAGUACUAUUAGUACCAGUAGUAAAAUUAGGACCAGUAGUACCAUUAGGACCAGUAGGACCAAUAGAACCAUUAGUACCAGUAGUACCAUAAGGACCAUUAGGACCAUAGGGACCAUAUGGACCAGUAGUACCAUUAGGACCAGUAGGACCAAUAGAACCAUUAGUACCAGUGGUACCAUAAGGACCAUUAGGACCAGUAAUACCAUUAGGACCAUAUGGACCAUAUGGACCAGUAGAACUAUUAGGACCAGUAGUACCAUUAGGACCAUAUGGACCAGUAGUACCAGUGGUACCGUGAGGACCAUAGGGAAAAUUAGGACCAGUAGUACCAUUAGGACCAUAUGGACCAUUAGGACCAGUAGUACCAUUAGGACCAAUAGUAUCAUGAGGUCCAUUAGUAUCAGUAGUACCAGUGAUACCAUUAGGACCUUUAUCACCAGUAGUACCAGUGGUACCAGGACCUUUGGCAACAUUUGGACCAGUUGGACCAUUAGGACAGAUAGUAUCAUGAGGUCCAUUAGGACCAGUAGUACCAGUAGUACCAUUAGGUCCACUAGGACCAGUAGUACCACUAGGACCAGUAGUACCACUCGUCCCGGUCCGCCCUACACUAACAUAACGCUGUCCUCGUUCCCGUUGAGUUGUUGAACAUCCGGAGACAUAAACGCGUGGUAAUAAACUACAAGAACUCAGAGCUCAGCUCGACCUUCGUUGACUCAGCAGUUUUGGUCUCGGCGUCAGUGCCAAACGCCAGAGAACGAGCCGGGCCGAGCCGAAUGAGGACGGGAUGUUUACAGAGAACUUUGAGGAAAUAAGCUUCUGGCGUGGAGCUAAUUCAUCUUCUUAUAAUCCUCUGCAUGUUUACAGUAUUUACUAGACAGUGCUUUCACAGAAGAUCCUCGAUUAGCCAGAGCGCUAACGGAGCGCUAACGGGGCAGCACUUCCUUCUCUUCGCCACAAGGACGCUACUCACCAACAAACGACUUGGGAGUUUUUAUUCAGAGGACGAGGUCACGUGAGGUCUACAGACUGUGUAUGUAGCAUGCCUGUUUACUAACCACAUUAUGCAAUACAAUGGUCCCAGCUCGAUGUCCCUACCAAUGCUAGCUUCUCUGAGUUACGCCGUGGUUGUGUACUUGUACACGGUUGCGUAUAGACAUGGUUGUGUACUUGUACACGGUUGCGUAUAGACAUGGUUGUGUACUUGUACACGGUUGCGUAUAGACAUGGUUGUGUACUUGUACACGGUUGUGUACCUGUAGCUGUGCUUGCGCUACCUCUCAGAACUGCUCCAGUGUGUUUUCCACGUUAAUGAUCUUAACUGACUGUUAAAUCUCCCGCUAUCGUUUGCGUGGUUUUUCUCUCACUUACUAACCUUGUAUUUUAUGAUAUUAAUGUACAAUAAUCUGUAAUACAACUGGCACAAGUUCUGUAAUCACAACAACUCCUGAGUUAAUAAAUAGAAAAAUGCUGCGAAAACUUCUUUACACUCCGCAGCGUGACGCACAAUACGAAUGUAGUCCCGGCUUUUAUUGUGAAGGAGUGGUUGGACUACCCAACCUGAUUGGUUUAUGACCUUUGGGGGAGGAGCUCCUACUGCUAAAAAAAGUUGCGUUAAAGAAGCAUUUAAAAAUGUGUGAGAAAAUAAAAUCUGGAGUCUGUAGUCUUAAACUCGGAGGGCUCACAAACUUAAAAGUUGUGAGGAAGUUUUUUGUAAAACAGAGAUGCUGCUUUUCAAAAUUUUAACAAAGGAAGUAAUUCAAUCUUAAAUCUGAAUAAAAAAAGACAACUUUCCACGAAAACCAAAUUACACCCGCAUGCAAUUUAUUGUAUUAAGUACAAGAUUUCUUAAACAUCUUUUAACAGUACGAGCAGACGCAGCAAAUAUGAAUGAAACAUGCUGAGAAUCUUCUGCCAAACCUCCUCUGGUUCACUGGACGUCUCAUAUAAUAAUAUUUUGUAACACUUCUCUGCCUUAUUUGUCCGUUUUCUGAUUUUUUUUUUUUUUUUUUUGCCACCACCCUCUUUGACGCAGAUUGCCUGGUCUUUGUAUUUUUGUAUUUGGAUUUCCAUCCUCUGGAUUUCUUUUUGUAUCUCCAAGGUAACCUGCUGUUUGUAACGCUCGCUAUCAACACGCUUCCUGCUGGUGAGGUGGGGGGGGCAGGAGAAGGCCUCACCGCGGCCUCUCCCCAUCUCCUCACACACCGGACUCCCUUCGUGCCUGUGCAUGCCUUAACGUGUGAAGCAUUCACAGGAAGUAAUCCCAGAGGGAGUAAUCCCAUAAUCCCAGAGGGAGUCAUCCCAUAAUCCCAGAGGGAGUAAUUUUAUAAUCCAAAAUGGAAUAAUCCCAUAAUCCUAGAGGGAGUAAUCCCAUAAUCCAAGAUGGAAUAAUCCUAGAGGGAGUAAUCCCACAGUAUAAAGUAUAAAGUAUAAUCCUUAGUCCAAAUCCAAUCCUACUUCCUCAAUGUCACUUCUACAACUGGAUUAAAUGGGUGUGUUGGUGCAAUGUAUGUGUAUUUAUAUCUAUAUAUAAAACAGCCUCUUAUAUAAAGGCUCAACAUUGUUUUCAUUCUCAGGAUUACAGGAAGCAUGAAAUAAAACAACAUGUCCUCAUA